AUGUAUGAGAUCCACUUGCCUGGAAUAAUACAGAAGGAUCCCUUUAAGGCAUUCUUCGCAGAUCCAGGGAAGAACGAGGUGUUCACUCGGACGGUGUUGGGUAGAGGUGAGGUUUGCUGCGAAAGAGAUGAUCUGGAUCAGUAUGUGCCCAGUGGAUAUCGAGAUGAGAAGAGAGGCCUGCAGCUUGAUCCCAGCAUACUGUGCCACUGGUGCCAUGCGGGCUUCGACAGCCGCAACAAGCUUUUUGCCCAUCUUCGCAGCUCCACUGUGUGCCUUAAGAGGAUGUCGGAGGCUGACUCCUUGGGCUUUGCAUCCAUGUCAACUGCAGCGGCAGCUCGCACAUUUCAGACUCAUGCCUUCUUGUGGGGCAGCCUGACUGAUGAAAGACCAAGCUGGAGGGAGGCCCUGGCCUCCGAGGGUGAUGUUCAAAUGCUUGGAGAGGACCUUUCCUGCCCAACUGUCGGAGGAGUGGUGCUUGCUACCUUUGCCUGUGGACUGGCUGGAGAGGCGCUGACCGAACAGGUGCGAGCAAGACUGAAAGACGUGCCAUCAACGAUACUGCAUGCGGCCGUACAAAUCAAAAAGUCGCAGCUUGUUGAUUUGCGCGGCGAUGCAGCGCAGAGGCACUUUGCUUACCUCCUGGACAUGCAUGCCGUUGCAGGCAUUGAGGCCGGCAUGGACGACUUCGAGGCACUGAGGUCGACUUUCAAAAGGCUCAAGGAAGCCAUCCAUGGGAUAAAGAUUCUGCUCACUGGAGAUGAUGCGCUCCGAAGCAUUGAGGAGAUGAAGAUGGUGCAGCGACUCGCCCUGCAUGGCCGAACCUAUGUCGUGGUACGGAUUUCAGGAGAGAGCUCACUGUCUGAGCAGGAUUGCUGCGUCUACAUGGCUGCUGCUGUUGCGGUGUACCGGGGCUGGCUGGAGCACGUGACAUUUGAUGUGUUGAGUACGAUUCCUGGUUUGCCCGUACGCUUUCUCUACUUCGAGGGCUACCGAUUUAUGCAGAGCGAAAGGCGGAGCGGUCCUGUGUUUGGACGGAACUGUUUGCCCUGGACUUCUGACAGCUCCUGCGGCCUUGUGGAAUGGAGAGAGCGAUUGCAGGAUCAGCUGGCAGGUUCUUGUGUGACAGACUGGGAACAGAUUCUCCUGCGACUGCGAACCGCAAUCUCAGCGAACCCAGACGUGGACGGCAAGGUCACCUUUCGGGUUCCCGAACAUGUCGAACUUGUGAAGAAGGUUGGUUCGGGGGCCUACGGCUGCGUGGCAUCAUUCCAGGACAAGAAGACGGGCGAGAAAUUUGCUGUGAAGAAAGUCACGAACGCCUUCAAUGACCUGGUUGAUGGCAAGCGCAUCCUCCGUGAGGUGAAGCUGCUAAGACAGCUGGAUCACGACAACAUCAUCCGAAUCAUGGACAUGUACCCUCCACCGGGCCCAGACUUCGACGACAUUUACAUUGUCACCGAUCUCAUGGAGACAGACUUGCACAGAGUCAUCUACUCCAAGCAGCCUUUGACAGAGGAGCACCACCAGUACUUCCUCCAUCAAAUACUUCGUGGCUUAGCCUACCUCCACAGUGCGCACAUUGUGCACCGAGACAUCAAGCCGUCAAAUCUGCUGGUCAACAAGAACUGCGACCUGAAGAUCUGCGACUUUGGCCUUGCCAGAGUCUUGGCUACGGACGCAGAGGACACCAUGGGCCGGACCGACUAUGUGGUCACGCGCUGGUACCGGGCGCCUGAGGUCAUGUUGGUGUCCUCGGAGUACACAGUUGCGAUUGACGUUUGGGCUGUGGGCUGCAUUCUCUUCGAGCUGAUCUCGCGGAAGCCCCUCUUUGCAGGCAAGGAUCACGUGGAUCAGCUGCGAAAGAUUAUCAGCACGCUGGGCACACCGUCGGAGGCUGAAACAGCAUGGCUGCCUGAAGGCGGCACGGCACGCUCAUUUCUCGUGAAGUGUGCACAUGCGCCGAAGGUAGAUUGGAAGGGCCUGCUCCCAACGGCGAGUGAUAAUGCCAUCGAGGUCGUUUCCAAGACCGUCACCUUCGACCCGACAGCGCGAAUAAGUGUACCAGACACGCUACGCUUGAAGUAUCUGGAUCACUUGUUCGACGAGGAAGACAUGGCAAUUGACACCU